ACCUAAAUCCUGACCUCACGGUCUCUUAAAAAUAGCAAGCAAAGUAAAAUCGGCCAAAACAGAAGAGCGAACCAGAAAAGCUAAACAGAGUAGAGGAUCCCUCCAAUCCUUCUUCCCCAUGGCCGCAUGGUCACGGCAGAGCCAUAAUCUCUCAUCCAUGGAACCCUCUUCUUGAAGAGAAAUUUGGAUUCUUCGUACUUGCUCAUCUUCCCAACUGCUUUGAUAAAAGAAUAAGCAGAAGAAGAACAAGAAGACGUGCAGAAGAGUGCAGUAGCAUUGAAGAAAGAACAAAAGAAAACGGGAAGACAGGUGUAAUGGCUAAGGACUACCCCGGAUCUCCCAAGAUCCAUCAGUCGGAAUCAAGGAAGCUGCGUCUCACUUGGAUUUUAGGAGUGAGCGGCCUCUGUGUCAUCUUCUAUAUCCUCGGCGCAUGGCAGAACUCAUCCGUACUUAAACCAACCCUAUCUGAUGUCUCCAAAGUAGAAUGCGACGACCCCAGCCGCGUUUCCUUGCCGGAAAAUAACCGCCAUGGCGAGCAAAUCUCCUCACCUUCUAAUGCCAAACUUGAUUUCGAAGCUCACCACCACCUUGACAUCAAGAAUACUUCGCCGUUAAUGGAAAAGUUUCCAUCUUGUUCCAUGAACUUCAGCGAAUACACUCCUUGCCAGGACGCAACCAGAGGGAGGAGAUUCCCGAGACAAAUGCUUGUUUACAGAGAGCGUCAUUGCCCAGCCAACGAUGAGCUUGUUCGGUGCUUGAUUCCAGCUCCUCCAGGGUAUCGAACGCCUUUCAAAUGGCCUCAGAGCAGAGACUUUGCUUGGUACCACAAUAUUCCUCACAAGGAACUGAGCAUUGAGAAGGCAGUUCAAAAUUGGAUUCAGGUUGAGGGAGACCGCUUCCGAUUUCCUGGCGGCGGUACAAUGUUUCCUCGAGGGGCUGAUGCUUAUAUUGAUGAUAUCAAUGAACUCAUUCCAUUGACUGAUGGGAGCAUUAGAACUGCUAUUGAUACUGGUUGUGGAGUCGCAAGCUGGGGUGCUUAUCUCCUGAAGAGGAACAUCUUAGCUAUGUCAUUUGCUCCGAGGGAUACACACGAGGCCCAGGUGCAGUUUGCAUUAGAACGGGGAGUUCCGGCCAUGAUCGGUGUAAUGGCAUCGAUGAGGAUUCCAUAUCCUGCAAGAUCUUUUGACAUGGCUCACUGUUCUCGCUGCUUGAUUCCUUGGAAAGCUCUUGAUGGUCUGUAUCUAAUUGAGGUAGACAGAGUUCUGCGGCCAGGAGGAUACUGGAUUCUUUCUGGUCCUCCUAUUCAUUGGAAGAAGUACUACAAAGGCUGGGAAAGAACUCAAGAAGAUCUUAAGCAAGAGCAGGAUGCAAUCGAGGAGGUUGCAAAGCGUAUAUGCUGGAAGAAGGUGAUUGAGAAAGAAGAUCUUUCUGUUUGGCAGAAACCCAUUAACCAUAAUGAAUGUAUCAAGUCAAGAGAGAUUUAUAAAACACCCCACAUCUGCAAGAAUGACAAUGCUGAUGUUGCCUGGUACAAGAAAAUGGAGACAUGCAUAACUCCAUUGCCUGAAGUGAACAAUGAUGAUGGAGUGGCUGGGGGAGAGUUGCGGAAGUGGCCGGAUAGGGCAUUUGCUGUGCCGCCAAGAGUAAGCAGGGAAACAAUCCCUGGUAUCACUCCAGAGAAAUUUGAGGAGGACAACAAACUGUGGAAGGAGAGGGUGACAUAUUAUAAGAAAAUUAUCCCAACUCUAAGCCAUGGACGAUAUCGAAAUGUGAUGGACAUGAAUGCCAACCUUGGAGGCUUUGCUGCAGCAAUGGAGAAGUUCCAAGUUUGGGUGAUGAAUGUUGUUCCUGUGAAUUCUGAUCACGAUACACUUGGUGUAAUCUAUGAGCGAGGAUUUAUCGGCACAUAUCAGGAUUGGUGUGAGGCAUUUUCAACAUAUCCAAGAACUUACGAUUUCAUCCAUGCUGAUGGUGUCUUCAGCAUAUACCAGGACAGGUGUGAUAUAACAUACAUUCUCCUGGAGAUGGACAGAAUACUAAGGCCAGAAGGCACAGUAGUGUUCAGAGACACUGUGGAGGUCUUGGUGAAGGUACAGGAUAUCAUAAAAGGGAUGAGGUGGAACAGUAAGAUCAUGGAUCAUGAAACUGGGCCCUUCAAUCCUGAGAAGAUCCUGAUUGCAGUCAAGAGCUACUGGACUGGUGAACCCUCCAAAGACUCGCUGGAGAUUUGA